AGAAGACUUACUUGCCCGUCGCCAUGGCAACGUACACUGCCUGAUAUGCAUAGUUUCCCCGAACCGCAUUAUUAAUUUUUCACAAACUCCGAGUUAUGGCACAGCACACCACAGAGCUUUGUUAUGUUCACUGAUUUAAACUAUCAGCCAAAAGCUCCAGGCAGACCCGGCUCUUGUUGGUUGUCUGUGUGUUCGAGGAAGCCAUCACCACCCGGGUGCACAUCGCCACCAUUAUGACUGUAUCGGUUGAAGACGUGUCUUCGUCCGUUGUGCGGGAAUAUCUGAGUCGGAAGGGACUCAAGAGGACGAUUGCCUGUAUGGACGAAGAACAUCCACGCACCACAUUCAGUAUCAACAACAGAUCUCAAUUGAGGCAGCUCCUCAACAUGGAGGAUCUCUAUAGAAAUAAUAAAGCUCAGAUCUCCCCCCUGAAAACGUUACUGGAAAUGAUUGUAAAACAUCACAUUGAGGGCCGUAAGAAUGAUCAGAUCACCAUCAGUAAAAGGGAUUCCCUGCAGUCUGCUCCCACUGUGAGCUGCAAUGCUGAUUCUCCUGCAGUGACAAGUGGCACAGAGAAUAACACAGAUGUUGUUAUCAGUAAACACAUCAAAUCAAGGUCUGAUACAGAAGAUACAGGCCCGUCUCAACCUACAUGUACAUCGCUUUUGCCUAAGACCGAUAGAGAACCCAGUCAAAAUCAAACAGAAGACUGGCCUUGUGACUCAGAAGCCUAUAAACACCAGCCACCAAUGGCAGCCUUACGGAACAAUGGGGGCGUCCUCAGAAGAGAAGCAGAAAAAAACACUCCCACCACUGAGAGCAUCCAAAGGACCAGAAUUAAUCGAACAAGACGUGGCAUGAUUGUUGGACCAAUCGCUAGUACACUUCAGGAAAACAAAAAAAAGCACAAUCGAAAACUAGAAGUGCGGCAGCAGCUACUCGGAGGAGAACUAGAAAACAAGCGGUCUAGUGAUGGACUUUUAGGGACUGGCGUACAUCAAAAAACCUCAGAGAGCGGCCUGACUGAAAUCAACUCGGCUGACUACUUACGGGGGCAACGGGAGUUGUGGAGUGCACCAGACAAAGUGCAGAGGGAAAAGAGCUUUGAAAAAGUGCAACAAGACAUGCUGACGACUACAACAGUAAAGUCUUUGGCCAGUCAAAAGGUGACUUUGGAUGUGGCUGAGAUGGUUUUAGAUGACAUUGAUGAUGAUGAGGAUCUGCGAGAGCUCUCCACAGUGUCCUUUCAGAGAGCCAGGGCCGAGCACAGCUACGCAGGCCGCCCGAUGGACCAGCACACUGCCACGGAAUUGAAAGUGAUUCUCCUCGGUUCGAGCCUAAGCUGUUUCAGUGUUGAGUGGAGGAAUCAAGGUUUCGCAUUCUCCGAAACGCAGGACCUAAGAUAUGGAAUCGUGCAGAAAAAGGGUGGACCCUGUGGAGUUUUGGCAUCCAUGCAAGCCUUUGUUUUGAAGAAACUGCUGUUUGAAAACUUUGAAGGCAGUAACUCAGGCCUUCAGAGAAUAAAACCCUCCAACGCGACCAGAAGAAAGUGUCUGGCUUCAGCGGCGGCUGAAAUACUGUGGAGGGCGGGCGAGGAAAAACAGGCCACAAUCGCAAUAAAUUCAGGGAGAAAUCAUUUCACCCCAACUGGACACUUUAAAUCUGAAGGAGUCUUUGAAAAGAUAACAUGUUUCACCGUGGAUAACAUCAAAGAACUGCAGCUGCUGCUGGAGCGGCAUAUUGAUCAGUUUGAGACCGGAGUGUUAGGAUGCAUACUGCUCACCAUAUCUGCAAUUCUCUCUCGAUCCAUAGAGAAAGUAAGAGACGAUAUGGACGUGCCCACCACCACACUCAUUGGUGCCCACGGCUACUGCACUCAGGAGCUGGUCAACCUGUUUCUCUGCGGCAGAGCGGUUUCUAACGUCUUUGACAAUGACAUGGAGCUGGACUCAGGCCGAGGCAACAUGACUCUACUGAAGGGAGUAAAAGGCCCCUGUGACAUCGGCCUGCUGUCCCUGUUUGAACACUACGACUUCUGUAAAGUAGGAGCUCACCUGAAGACUCCCCGUUACCCCAUUUGGGUGGUGUGCAGUGAGAGCCACUUCAGCGUGCUGUUCGGCCUGCAGAGGGAGCUGUUGACCAAUCGGGGCCAAUGCAUUGAGUUUGAACUUUACUAUUACGAUGGACUGGCCAAUCAACAGGAGGAGAUCCGCCUCACCGUCUCUCUUGGCGAAUCGGCCCCGAGCUGUCAAGAUGACGACACAGAUCUCACCCCUCCACUGGAGCACUGCAUCCGCACACGGUGGAAGAAUGCGUUUGUCAGUUGGAAUGACACAGAGCCUAUUCUCUAAUUGAUCACAUGGUUUAAUGUUAUUUUAACUAUGAGACAAUUCUGUUACAUACAUAUUCUUCAUACUGUAUCAUGUUUUCUUAUACUUGGUAAGAUAAUUGAUCAUGUGAAAUUAUGGCCUUAGUGUUAUACAUCUCACAGUGUAAGCAAAUUCUUCCUAAAAUGUAAACGUUUAAAGGAACUGACCACAGUGGCCUUAGAUUCUACCCUUUUCAUAAUACGUAGGAUAUAUUUUUAGCUAAUGUAUGUAUUUUAAACGUUUAAACUAAUUUAGUUCCCUUCAUAAUAUUUCAAUCAAGAAUACCGGUGGGUGUAUGUUUGUGAAAGAGAUUGAUUGUCAUGUGGAACAGAAAAUAGUCAAAUUAAAAUGUAUUUAUGUAGCGCCAAAUCAUAACAAAGUUACCUUUUAACAAAGUGCAUUUUUCAUGUACAGUCGCAGGCCUCGACUUUAUUUAUGAAUUUAGAGUAAAAUAAAAGAAUUUACACCUCUGCUGUCUCCACACAAUUGGACAGAUAAUUGUUUUGUUCAAUCAUCUGUUCUUGAAUUAAUCGGCAUUUAAUCUGCUGCUAAUAGAUCAAAUACUGCAAAGGGUUUUUCAUCUCAGUGACUCAUAGUGGCAACACAUUUUUUUUUGUUGAAUUGGCCCAGUAUUGAGGGACAAUGCGUCAACUGGCAGCCGCUAAACAAGCCACGAAGUGGAGUGAGCUGUGUUGCUGCAAUAAUACAGUUUACGCACAUGUGACUACAAUUUACCUCCAUGAAAAAAACCCAGACAACCCGUUGUGCA